AUGCAGAGUAAACAGACCACUGCCAGACGAUAUGAAACAACGACAACGCCGGUAAACACAAGUGUUAUAACAGAAAUUUUAAACAGGCUAACCGAUCCAAAAAUCUAUGAUAAACGACUGAGGCCCGGUUACGGUGGUCAGUCAACAGAUGUUGGUAUCACCAUUCAUGUUUCCAGUAUUAGUGCGGUAUCUGAAGUUAACAUGAGAUAUUUAAUAGAUUCUAUUUUGUCAGAUAAUUGUUAUCAAACAUUUCAAAUCCUACUCAGCCAGCAAUUAUCUAAUGUUGCUCGUUGCUUUAUCUGA